AUUUUAGUCAUCCUGUAAACAAUGGAUUUUGGUAUUUUUGAUGGGUUUCAAUUCUUGUCAGUCAUUCUUCUUCUUCGUAUAUCUAUAAAACACAUAAUGAAUUCAUACUGAUAUUUCCAGUUCAAAAUUAGGACAUGAACUUUUUACAUAACUUCUUUAUCUUUGUAUUUUUUUCUUUUGCACUGAAAACCUUGGUUCCUAAUAAUAGUAACAUAAUUGCUUUAUCCUACAAUUUGUAUUAGUAUCAAAAUAGUGAUGCCAGCAUUAUUACUAACAAUACAAUUACCGAGAACAGAUGAGGGUUUCUGUUUCUCCCACUAAGGAUAUAGAGUUAAAUUACUGUGUCAUAGAGCCAUUUGAAAAAAUAAAAUCACUAACUUCAGCUUUCUUUGUUUUAUUUUCCUUUUGAUUUUUUAGGAUUAAGAUUUUUUUUUUUUAGGAUUAAAUACCAAAAAAGGGGAAAUGAAAAGAAGUGCUUCAUGGAUUUCUGUUAGAAUUAAAUGAAAAUCAUGUGCGAGAAAACCCCUUAUAACAUACGGUGACCCUGUUAACCGCGGGAUCUGUGGAGCUGAAGAUAAAGCACUGGCUACUGUGAUUAUUUUCUGAGAAAAGCCCAUCUUCACUCCCAGUCAGAGCAUGCGAGGGGUUAAAUUGUCACUAGUCACAAGGGCUCAGUCCCCUCAUUUGGCCAUUCAGCCUCUCCAUGAUUGAAUGUCUCCAUGUUUCACGUUCCUCAUAAGUAAAAUAAUGAUAAAUUAUCAUACCUACUUCACUGACUUUUUUGUGAAGAUUAAGGGAGAAUAUGUGCUCAGUUUUCUUUCUUUCCUUCUUCCCUCCCGUUUCCAGCAGGUAAGCUGUGUGGGGAAUUUGAACCACUUGGAAGAUGGCAGCCAAGCGGACAGAGCCGGUCACCAUCAUCAGCCUUCGGGAGCUGAGCCUGGGGACCCCAGAGCCGCAGCCAAAGGAGCCAAAGACAUUCACCGUGGAAGACGCUGUGGAGACCAUCGGGUUCGGGCGUUUCCACGUUGCCCUGUUUCUGAUCAUGGGCAGCACAGGGGUUGCCGAGGCCAUGGAGAUCAUGUUGAUAGCAGUCGUGUCUCCUGUCAUCCGCUGUGAAUGGCAGCUGGAAAACUGGCAGGUGGCCCUAGUGACCACGAUGGUGUUUUUUGGCUACAUGGUUUUCAGCAUCCUCUUUGGCGUCUUGGCUGACAGAUAUGGCCGUUGGAAGAUUUUGCUCAUCUCGUUCCUGUGGGGAGCCUACUUCUCCUUGCUGACCUCUUUCUCCCCCUCGUACAUCUGGUUUGUCUUCCUGCGGACGAUGGUGGGCUGUGGCGUGUCCGGCCAUGCGCAAGGGUUAAUCAUAAAGACUGAAUUUUUGCCUACAAAAUAUCGAGGCUAUAUGCUCCCCUUGUCUCAGGUUUUCUGGCUGGCAGGUUCCCUGCUCAUCAUCGGCCUGGCCUCUGUGGUCGUCCCCACCAUCGGGUGGCGCUGGCUCAUCCGCAUCGCCUCCAUCCCUGGCAUCAUCCUCAUCAUGGCCUUCAAGUUUAUUCCUGAGUCUGCUCGGUUCAACGUCUCCACUGGGAACACCCAGGCUGCCCUGGCCACGCUGGAGCGCAUUGCCAAGAUGAACCGCUCAGUCAUGCCGGAGGGGAAGCUGGUGGAGCCCAUCCUGGAAAAAAGAGGAAGAUUUGCAGACCUAUUGGAUGCUAAAUAUUUACGGACCACGUUACAGAUCUGGGUCAUAUGGCUGGGAAUCUCUUUCGCCUACUACGGGGUCAUCCUGGCCAGCGCAGAGCUGCUGGAGCGGGACCUGGUCUGUGGCUCGCGUUCCGAGUCCGAGGCAGUGGAGACCACGGGCGUCUCGGAGGAGAGCCAGAGCCCCUGCCACUGCCACAUGUUUGCCCCCUCCGACUACCGGACCAUGAUCAUCAGCACCAUUGGCGAAAUUGCUCUGAAUCCUUUAAAUAUCCUGGGCAUUAAUUUCCUGGGAAGACGGCUGAGCCUUUCUAUUACUAUGGGAUGUACAGCUUUAUUCUUCCUUCUCCUUAAUAUUUGCACUUCAAGUGCCGGUCUCAUUGGCUUCCUCUUCAUGCUGAGGGCUUUGGUGGCAGCCAACUUCAACACCAUAAUUUACACCGCUGAGGUCUACCCCACGACGAUGCGAGCUUUGGGGAUGGGGACCAGUGGCUCCCUGUGUCGCAUUGGAGCAAUGGUGGCGCCGUUCAUAUCCCAGGUUCUUAUGAGUGCAUCCUUCCUGGGGGCCCUGUGUCUCUUCUCAUCUGUCUGUGUUGUGUGUGCCAUUUCUGCAUUUACCCUCCCCAUUGAGACCAAAGGACGGGCCCUGCAGCAAAUUAAAUGAAGGCCUGCAAACCUAUGUCUACUGGAGAAGAAAAAUGCAUCUUACAAAGAGCUCUGGCACAUUUUUAAAAAACCUGGUUUAAUUUCUGUAUGCUACUUGGUAAUUAUGAAACUGAUGACCUAUUUUUGAAAAAUAAGGUGGCAAUUAAGAAACUGAUUACAUAUUUUUAAAAAAUAAGGCACAUGAGAAUGAAGUGGGUUAAAUGUAUAUAUAUUGUAGCACAGGGAAAAGAUCAAAAGAGAACUCUUAUAAAACAUACCUUAAAGUUGGAAAGGUGUGUAGAGAUGGGAAGGGGGAAGUGGCAUUUAUUCCUUGACAUCAAGUCUGGUAGUGUUUAUGUAUCUUCUCUGAGAUGUUUUUUAAAGCUGGUAAAAAGAAAUCUUUAUUGCGAUGUAAUUCACAUAACCUAGAUGUACCCUAAAAUGUUCAAUUAAGUGGUUUUAGUAUUUCUGAGCUUUUAUUCAUUCAUAUAAACUUUUUCUCAUGAGGUUUAUAGCAAAA